CGAGGGCCCGAUUCCCUAUAUAACAUGACUUUCAUGGCGCCCAGAUCACUGCUUACUCUCGCUGUCACCGAUCAAAGUCUACAACAUGCAGCAGGAUUCACCUCCAGAUGACUGGCCGUGGGUCAGCGCUCCAGUCAUCGUCAACAACCCUCGUAACUUUCGGCACAGUCACGAUCGGCGCCCUCUAAACAAUGAUGGUAAUCAGAUUACGCCAGAUUUCCCAAGGCAUCACGAGCCAAACCAUCGUUCUACUGGGUUCUGUUCUUGUCCCAUAUGUGAACAUCUUCGUAAUCCUGCUGUGAUACCUUCACCUGCGAUGUUCACAGCUGCGGCCUUACAGCCACCUGUUGUUCCCGGAGCAUCUUAUAACUAUAACUGGGGCCAGCGCUUAUACGAUCCCACGCCCCCGGUGGUCCCACGCGAAUAUCUUGACAAUCCCUCUCCUCCAGUGAUACCCGACUGGACUCCUCCUUUUACUCCUCCUAAUCCCGUCAUUCCGGAGUCGUCUGCUCCUGUGAGCCCACCAGCUCCCAGCACGCCUCCAGUUGUGCCUUUCAUACCCCCUUCCCCCGUAAUACCUACUCCCCCACCUCUGAGCGAAAUCACAUUGCACUACCAGCUUCGCCAACAACUUUACACUUUCCUUGCGGCUUACUCUGGGUAUAUAUAUUUCCCUGCAUUGCAUUGGGACAUUGUACAUCCUCCCAAUACCGCGCGCUUCGUAAACAAUCCUACAGCAUUUGGUGUAGCAUCACCCGACUUUCACGCAUCCGCCUUCACGCCCGAUACUGUCCGUAAUGUUCCAUGCACCUCGAGACACCCCAUCCUUCAGUAUUGGAUGUCUCCCGGACGGUGGGGUCCUCUCGUUAUCCACGAUUUUGACACGAUAACCGUGCGAGAGGUCCUACAGCAGAUAUUCACGUAUCUGCAUAGUCCAUUGACUGAGGUAGAGGUUAAUUGGAUCUCCCAGACGCGUCCGAAUCGGAAUCGGUUAGAACUGGCGAAGUUCCAUAGGAAUCUUGAUGUGUUCGGAUGGCAACCGCUCGAUGGAACGUUUCUGAGGUCCGAUCUUUUGGGGGGUCAUCGACGGUUCCGUGGCCUGGAGAUGGUGCUCGAACAUGGGGAAUGGAAACUAUGUGUGGACUUUAUUGCAGGACCUGUGCCUCGACUAUGGGAUACAAUCUGACACAGUCAUGAUGCCUUCUUUGCUCUCAGACGGUGCUUUUUGUUAAGCUGCUUACGAC